ACAAAUCAGUGGCCAUCUUUUAGCGCGAGGCGAGCGCCAUUCCCCCCUCAAUUUUUCUUUUCAGUUUUUGUUCUCCCUCUCUCUCUUUCUCGCUCGCUCUCUCGCUUUCUUGGUCCCUUUCUCGCUUUCUUGGUCCCUCGCUGUGCUAGGGUUUACCUUACUCGGCUUUUAGGGUUUCUAUUAGAUCAUACAUGGCCACGGAAUCGGUCGGCCCGGCUCGGAAGAAGGCGAAGCAGGACGCUUCACUAAAUGGUAAUGGCGGAAUCAACGCGUCCAAGAAAUCCAAGUCCUCGCUGAAUGAAAUGGAGUCCUUUCCAACUGGUAUAGGAACCAAAUCAAAGCCAUGCACCAAAUUUUUCAGCACCGCGGGUUGCCCCUUUGGAGAAGGUUGCCACUUCCUGCAUUACGUACCUGGGGGCCUGAGCGUUGUGGCUCAGAUGAUGAAUUUAAAUAAUGGUGUAGCAGCUUCUACGAGGAAACAAUCUGGCCCUGGAAUGUCAGAGGUCGCUUCACCUGGUGUCAUUGUUAAGACCCGCAUUUGCAACAAAUAUAAUACUGCAGAAGGAUGCAAGUUUGGGGAUCAAUGCCAUUUUGCACAUGGUGAGAGGGAGCUGGGGAAGCCAAUUGCACCUGGAUCAGAUCACCAGUUUGGUUCUGGUGUUGGCAGCAGGUUGGCUGGCAGGCUUGAACCAUCUGUCCCUCCAGCUGCUAGCUUUGGAGCCUCUGCCACAGCGAAGAUAAGUGUUGAUGCUUCUCUCGCUGGCGCCAUCAUUGGUAAGGGUGGUGUAAACUCUAAGCAAAUUUGCCGUGUCACAGGUGCAAAGCUCUCAAUCAGGGAUCAUGAAUCUGAUCCCAACUUGAGGAAUAUUGAGCUGGAGGGGACUUUUGAUCAGAUUAAGCAUGCGAGCACCAUGGUGCGAGAGCUCAUUGUUAGUGUCAGUGCUGCUGGUGGGGCGAAGAACUCCGGUCCACCCGGUUCUGCUGCCCCUGGACCUGGUAGCAAUUAUAAGACAAAGUUGUGUGAGAACUACGGUAAGGGCUCGUGCACGUUUGGAGAUAGGUGCCACUUCGCUCAUGGUGCGUCUGAGUUGCGGAAGCCAUGAAAUGGUGGUAAGGCAAGAGAGGAGUUGCUUCUAUAUAUUUUGCUAGGCCUAUCUUGAACUAGCCUUCUUUUGCUCAUUAUUGUAGUUUAACUGUCGAAGAACUAAUUAACUUUUACCUUCAUUCGUCUAUAACUACUGUGACUUUCCUUUCUGAAAGAUGUUUCAGCUUUGUUCCUUGUGUUCUGCCCA